AUGAUUGAAGAAUUCGGUCAAAAUAAAGAAGCCAUUUUACAUAAGGAAAAAAAAGAAUUGGAAAGUCAAUUGGCAGUGGAACAAAAUAACCAGCAAGCCCAAAUUACUCCAUUUGUCUACAUACGUGACUACUUUUUUACAGGAAUGGUAACUCCUAGCACGGAAUUUUCAUAUGCUAGUACCCUUGCUGAAAAUCAUUCAACUGGCGUACGCAAUUUGUUGGUUCCGAUUGGUGGUGGAGUGGCUUUUCUAACAGUGUUUUUAGUAGUAUUAGGAGCAAUAGGAUUAAGUUUUGCCCCCUUGACUGGCGGUGCUUCGUUAUCACUCGAAGCAGCACUGGGUAGUUAUCUUGGUUUUACUUUCGGUUGCGGUACAUUAGUACAAUCAGCUCAAGUUCUCGGUGUGAAUGUCCACGAGAUUAAUAGAAUUAAUGUUGAAGAAAGAGAAACUUUACAAAUAGUUGAAACGACUGAAAACGCAAACCCUAUUUUACAAGAUCAAAGUGUUAGUGAAAGUGAAGAAGAAACAAACCUUUCACAGAGUUCACAAAGCGAAACAAGCGGAGAUGACUAUUCAGAAAUGCUUAAUCAAGAGGCAACUAAUCCUGACUCAACAAUUUUUACCAAUAUUCCGAGAGAAGACAUAUUAGUCAUGGGCCAACACCUCGAUACAUUAGUGGAUCAAAGCAAUGGUAACAAUGAAUAUGAGUUUGAAAUAAGAUCUGACAGAGAGAUUAUUUUUUCCCAAAACGGAGAAAGUAGUCGGCAACCAAUCGAAAUUCGAGAAACUUAUGAAAAAGAUAAUAAAAUAGUUGAUAAAUUUAGAAAAACUUCUUUUUUCGGACAAUUAAAAAUAAGUGAUUUUUAUCGCAAUAAUUCUGUCGAAAAUAAAGAAAAAAAAAGAGAAGGGGGACAAACAAUGCUUUCCCCAAUGACAAAUACUAGUAGAAAUCAAAAAUUAUCACUUUCAUUUUAUCUUGCUCUAGUUAUAAUUGGUUUAGUAAGCCUUUUAUCUGUAAAAAUAUUUUUUUGGCUUAAUCCUCGUCAAUUAACUCCUCUUCUCUCUCCUUCUGACAAGUAG